AUGUCUUUCGUACUCGGUCCUCUCUCUGGGGCACUUGUCGCGGGAGGGUUCUACUAUGGAUUCUCGAACCUCAUUCAAACGAGAACAGAAAAGCACCGUAGAGACAUGCACACAUUAUCCAUCCAGCUGAUCACACCACCAUCCGCACACCCAGCCCCUGCCUCAGCGGCCGCCCGAAUUGUUCACGAACCCUUCUCGUCUAUACUGAAGACACAAUGGAAUGAGCGUCUUGCGGGGCUCUACAGGACUGUCGGAGAUUCGGAAGGACGUCUAGUGCAGUGGGGCAAGAAGGUUCUGUACGGAGAGCGUACGUCCGACUCGUAG